AUGGACAGUAGCAUGCCUCUCCAUUUACGCCACGCCGCUCUUCGCGCUGCUCACAGUGCCCGAGAACAAAUUGCCUCGAUGGAUGCCAUUGAUGAUUCGACGCUACGGGACAUGAUUUUGACCAAGCUCUCUCCCGCUAUUCUGUCUGUGCCUUGUCCGCACCUGGGUACAACACCCGUCAAUAAUGAUCCCGGCUCUUUUUUCAAUUAUCGCCGCGACCUGUGCUAUCUCAGACUGGUCUUUGCCCUCGCGAGAAAUUCUGACUGGCACCCCCAUUUGUUGAGGGAUCACCACAUAGAUUGGUGCAUUAGCAUGAUUCCCUGGUACUGCAAUUCCAGCUACUGCGAGCAUGCAUUUUUCGUAGCUGGUAUCCUCCUCCAAACCACACCCGAACAGACAUCGGUUAUAUCGCUCAAUUCUGUGACGGAGCGGCAGUGGUGGGACGUGAUGAGAAGCACGUGGAGUAAUCUUCCUGGUGACAUUAAUAACGCACGCUAUUUCAAGCUCCUUCUUGUCCUUGUGGAUCGCAAAAAGAAGUAUAUGCAGAUUGCUUCGAAAUCUGAUCUUGAGCAGCUCACCCCAAAUAUGAAUCACUUUGUCGAAAGGUUGGAGGGGCACAUACGAUUGAAGAGGCAACUAGGACAUGAGAUACAAGAUUUAGAGCAGAGAGAAGGGAUCUUCAUUGCUGCGAAGGAGUUGAGGACUACAGCUAGCAACAUGCUGGAGAGAUUUGGUCAGUAAUUAUUAGUCCCCUAAUCAUGACUUGCAUGCUGCGUUAGAGUCUU